UUUGUAACUAUAUAUAUACAACUCAUUAUCAACAUAGAACAGAGUGUGUUUUUGUUUCUUCUUCUUUGCUCUGCUUUUCUCUUCAUUCACAUAAAAACAAAGGAAUAAUAAACGAAAACAAUGUCGUUGGUUGCGUGAAUAUAUCUCAAUUCCUUUCUUUAUUUUCGUAGAUCAUCGAAUUUUCCGAGAAUCAUUUUUUACUUGAUUCUUGAUCAAGAGUCAGAGUUUUUCUGAUAAAAGACUCUAUACUGUGCUUCUCUACGUUAUUGAAAGCAAAAGAGAGGAAGAAGAACAAUCUGAAGGAGUUCAGGCUCUUGAUUCUUCUUUCUCCAGCUAGAUCUUCGAUCUGAAUUCUCCAAAGAGAUAAGACACAUCGAUUUCAAAUCAAGAAAAGGCUCAAAUUUACAUGCCACAAGGAGAAAAAUGAACAAGUCAAGCUCGUGGAGCAUAUACAGUCCCAGAGAUGGAGAGAGUGAAGGGCCAUGGAGAUCGUCAACGUCGAUGAAUGCAAUCUCAUUUGGGUUUGUAGCGACGGCGAUACUCAUCUCCAUGUUCUUGAUCAUGGCCAUAUUCGAGCAUCUCUUUAGGCCUGAGAAUUCUUCAUUUGAUUCACCACAUCAGAUCAGACAGAGACAGAGAGAUGGGUCCAGUCAGUUCCAGAAACUUGCUGAUCAAGCAUCAAUGGUUCCGGUGAAUACGGUGGUGGAUGUAUCGGUAGUGAUGCCAGGGGAGAAGUUGCCGUCGCACAUAGCUUUGCCGGCUCCGUUACCUUGUCGGAGAGAAGGCAUUCAUUGGCCUCUCCACCUCUAAAUAUUACUAGCUAGUAACCUUCUUCUUCUGUAAUUUUUAUUUAUUUAUUUCUGACUCAUUCAGUAGAUUAGUAUUCUAUUCGUAAUAUGUUUCAGUAUGCAUUCCCGCUACGUGAUUGAUCGGCCAAAAAUAUUUCCUUUAUAGAUACAUAUGUUAUUUUAUAGAUAUAACUCAUUGUACAUUUAAGAUUACUACACUUUUGUACAUAUGCUAGAUUUUUAAUUAGCAUUCUAUGGCUA